CAAAACCUAUCGAUAUUAUAGAGAUACGAUAGGGCCUCGCACAGAUGUUUUGGAUACAGCACUUUGAAAGUGGGACGCCGUUUAUAAAACGUCUGCAAAGAGGAAAACCCAAAUAUUCCGAGGGCCUGGAGUCCGGGAAAUCGUAACCGCCACUGGAGUGUUCAAAAACUUUAACUCAAAAACAAAAAAACCAUAGCAGCCCGGGACAUUUCAAUCGAUUCCAGAAAUUUCAGAUUCAGUACGGUACAGAAUGAUUACUGGGUGAAUAACCGGUGGGAUAUAUAUAGAAUACUAUAUGAAAAUGGAACGAAUCCUGAAACGCAGACGACCCCUAUCGCCAAUUGAUUUGUUCAAAGAACCCAAACCACCCACGACUAAAGCAGUUCGUCGGAUUGCCCUGAACGACUAUAUAAUCAUAUCGCGACAAUUGGUGAUCAAUAGAGCUGGCCGGGAUCCGGAUAGACGUAGUGCCAAGAUGCUGGUGAUCCUGGAGAGCUUCAAGCAGUAUGUCAUCACCUUCACACUGCCCAGUUCCUCCUGCACGGUGCAGGAUUUGCUCCGCGAGAUGGGCGUAGAGUUCGAUGAGAGGACCACCAUCGAUGCCACGGAGAAAUCCGAGGGCACCUUCAAUGUGGUGGUCUGUGUGGGCUUCUACAUAAGCGAGGCCACCGACGAGUUGGUCAAAAGCACUGAGAAGGUCUACAACGAGAUGCAUCAGGCCAAGAAGUCAGCAGGAGGAGCUGCCAUAGAGCCAAAGAUCCCGGAACCCACUGAUCUAAGUACUAAGCCAGCUGCUUCGGAGGACAUCAAUGGCAACCAGCAGGCUGCAGAGGCUUCCGGGAGCAGCAAGAAACGCAGGCACCGCUCUUCAAGUGGGAAUACACCAUCUCCUGGUACUUCCCAGUUCCAUGAGCAAUCUGGUGAAUCUCGUAAACCUAAGAAGCACAAGAAAAGGCAUUCUUCAUGUGGCAAAUCAAAGGACAGCCAUAGCCGGCAGUCUUCUGAUAGGAAGGAACUCCCAGAGGCGGAAGAAUCCACUUCAAAGGGCAACAACGUUUCACUGGAGCGGGAUGCAGAUGCUCGCAAAAGCAGGAAGCACAAGAAGCAUAAGAAGCACAGUACCAGAUCUUCAGGUGAAAAGCCAGCUGUUCCAAAGGAUUACAAGUCGGAGAAAUCCAAAGCAAGCUCCUCUACAUGUGGAAAUUCCCAUACUUCAAGGGACAACAAGAGUUCCCAUUCCCAGAAAUCUAAACAAAACAGCUCCACAGAUGAAAAUUCUCGUACUCCAAAGAAGAACCAUGGUUCCCAGAUGAACCAGUCGCAGAAAUCCAAAGAAAGCAGCUCUGUAGAUGAAAAACCCCAUACUUCAAAGAACAACCAUGGUUCCCAGUCGCAGAAAUCCAAAGAAAGCAGCUCCACAGUUAGAAAUUUAUGUAAUCAAAAGUUCAACUUUGAUUUCCAGAUGAUCCGCUCGGUGAAAUCCAAAAGAAGCAGCUCAUUAGACGGAUAUCCACAUACUCCAAAGGAAAACAUUGUUUCCCAUAGGCUACAGUUGCCGAAGCAAUCUUGGGACGAAGAGCCUAGUUGCAGUCAAUUUGCCAACAUAUUCGGAACCAAAAUCAACGAAUUUAAGCCACGAUCGGCUUUCCAAUCCUGGCCAGCUGUCAGUACCACCAGUGAAAAACCAAAAACACCCGAAGAAAGGGCUGAGCUAAGCCGCCUGCGCAGACUUCGCAAUUGGAACCUUAGCCGGGACUGUGAUGAUGAUGACGAUGAUGAUACUGUGGUGCUGCUGAGCAGCAGCAGCGAGGAUGAGGAGGAGACCAGCAAAAUGGAGGGACAAACGAAGGUGGCCAAACAAGCCUCAGAAAGUCGUCUGUCCACCGAUGAGAAUCUCACCCUGCUUAUGUAUCCGCCCACGGGAACCGGUGCCCUGAGCAUCGGCAUGAAGGACUACAUGUGCCUAAGUCGGGGCAGCUAUCUAAACGACAUCAUCAUCGAUUUCUAUCUGCGCUGGCUCAAGAAUAAUGUCAUACCAGAGGGUCAACGCGAGAGGACGCACAUCUUUAGUACAUUUUUCCACAAGAGAUUGACCACAUUGACGCGUCCCAUAAACGCCAAGCAGUCGGCGGCCCAGAAGCGUCACGAAAGGGUCCAAAAAUGGACACGCACAGUGGAUAUAUUCGAUAAGGAUUUCAUAAUCGUACCAUUCAACGAGCAGGCUCAUUGGAUACUGGCCAUUAUAUGUUUCCCCAGUCUCAGCGGACCGGUGGCCUAUAAAGAUGGUGAUAAGUUGGACCACGAUGGGCCCAUCAAACAGCCAUUGAUCCUCAUCUUCGACUCCUUGGCGGUCACCUCACGUCAUCGGGCAAUAGCCAUAUUGCGGGAUUAUCUAACCUGCGAGUACCGGGCCAAGAAUCCCAAGAGGAAGGCGCACAUCUUCAACAAGGACAACAUGCCCGGACAUCAGGUCGAGGUGCCCCAGCAGGAGAAUCUCACGGAUUGCGGCCUGUAUCUGCUGCAAUAUGUAGAGCAAUUCUUCACGAAACCCAUCAAAGACUACAGACUGCCGAUUACUCAGCUGGUUAAGUGGUUUGAUCUGCUCACAGUGACCAAAAAACGAGAAGAUAUAGCAAAUCUCAUACAGAAACUGAUGGACGAGGGCAAUCAGCAGCAGCGGCGCAAGAUUCUGCCCGUCCUCGAGUUUCCCACACUGAAUGGUGAAUUGGUGGAGGAGGAUUGAAGGUUUUUUCGACACAUUUCCGAUCGAUGGAGAAAGAAAAACUCUUAACACACUCGCCUUUUAAAGGGGUGUUUUUUUCCAAAAAGACAGUAGUACAUCACCCAAUAAUUAUUUGCAUAACUGACCAAGGCAACUUUUAAAGUUCAAGGGCAAUACCUAGCAGCAUUAUACACUACAUAAUUUACACUUUACAAAAGGAUGCACAAGGACCAAAAUACAAUACAACUGAAAUAAAACACAAGAGACAUGGAAAAAAAAUUUUUGCCAAGUUGUUAUGGUUGCUCUGCGAAAGGGAAAUACUUUGAAAGGGUUCUAUCGUUGGACUUAUUAAUGGAGAUCCUCUAAACGACACAAAAAUUCAUUUUUAUGGAGUACUAUAGAGUGCAAGUGAAAAACCAGAGGGUCACUGAGAAAAUAGAGUGUAUUUGGGGUCACCAAAAUGCGAAAUUCUAAGAAAACACUUGCCAGCAAGUAAAGGAGGGGCGCCAACAGGAAAAUAAGUCUAAAAGAGCCUAAAGAAGCUUCUAGAUGAAAGAAUUGGGUCACCAAAAGGAAUUUAUAAGUAUCCAGGUGAAGUAGUUGGGUCACCAAGAGGAUAAAGAAUCUUCCAGAUGAAAGAAUUGGCUCACCAAGAGGAUGUAGAAGCAUCCAGGCAAAAGAAUUGGGUGACCAAGAUGAUAAAGAUGGUUCUAGAUGAAAGAAUUUGGUAACCAAUAGGAUGUAAAAGCAUCCAGGAGAAUGAAUUGGGUCACCAAUAGAUGAAAAAGGGUCACCAAGACCAGAAAAAGGCCAUAAAGGCAAAGCCAAUAACCAUCAAGUGAAAAAGUGUUGCCAAGGUUAGGAAAACGGGCAUAAUGUAAAGGCUAGUCACCAGAAAAUUAUGAAUGUCUCAUAUAUAAAACUAAAAUGGGUCACCAGACCUACGAAAUGUCAGAUGCUUGAUGCAAAAAAAAAAUAUAUAUAGCUUUACAGUAUACCAAAAAUGAAUCCUAAGAUAAGCCAGUAACUCGAAAAUCGCAGGGUAUUAUAGAUCAGCAUUAUACACGCGUUUCUAAGCCCACACACACACACACGCACGCACACACAUAGGCUUACGUUUAUACGAUCUCUGUGUAUGGGUGGGGGUUUCGGCGAUAAGAAAAUCGAGCCAUAAAGUCGCGCCGGCGAUUCUGCUGACGCUCAGUUGCUUUGGAGCGAUUCUUCGACGCAGACGAACGGCGGAGUUUACGGAACGUCCGAAAAAAAAACAACAAAUAAACAGGCCUAAAAGCAAGCAGAGAGAGAGGGGG